UCUUUCUUUCCUCGAGUCCUGUCCCUACUCUCAUUUCACGUGACCCCAUCCCAUCCCAUCCCAUCCCAAUCCCAAUCCCAUCUCUCUCUCUCUCUCUCUCUCUCUCUGCGACUCCGUGCAGUUCACUCUCACCUCGAGUUCCACCCUCGACGAAGAAGAAGAAGAAGAAGAAGACGACCGACCCCAUCCUCAGAUCUCUUUGAAUGCCUUCAUCUUCUCUCCCUCUCUUCAGCUCCUCCACCCACAUUCCUCCUCCAUGGCCCCACCACCCCACUCUCCUUUCUCUGCUGCCAUUCUCAUCCUCCAUUUCCUCCUCCCCGCCGCCGCUGCCUGCUCCUUGAAGGCCGUUCCCGCCGUCUGCCCGCCCUUCUCCUCCUCCCCGCCGCCCUACCCCUUCUCCGCCUCCCCGGGUUGCGGCCACCCCUCCUUCCAGAUCAACUGUUCCACCCCUCACUCCACCAUCUCCAUCAACCACCUCUCCUUCUCCCUCCUCCACUUCGACCCCAACUCCUCCUCCCUCCUCCUCUCUCCCUCCCACUCCUUCUCACACUCCAACUGCUCCUCCUCCUCUCGGUUCUCCUCCAUUCCGAGCCGCUCCAUCUCCCUCUCCGGCUCCCCCUUCCGCCCCUCCGAUGCUCUCUGCUCCCGCCUCAACAACCUCCGCCCCUGCGGCAGCCCCAAUUCACUCAACGGCAGCUGCUGCCCCUGGGAGUGCAAGCUCAUCCACAGCCCCGCCCUGCUUCUCCAGGAGUGCGGCCCCACCCCCAGCCCCGCCACCUACCAGGGCUGCCAAGGCGAUGUGCUUGAUUUCCUCAAGAAGUUACUCGAAAUGGGGAUCGAAGUGGAGUGGGAUUCAUCGGAUGGCGCCUACUUCGGUAGCUGCAGAGCUUGUCAGUCCAGCAAAGGCGUCUGCGGCUACAAUUCGUCGGACCCGAAGAAGCAAUUCCUCUGCUUCAACUUCCAGUCCCGAGUCUCGCCCCCGUGGAUGCACCGACAGGACCCGAGCCACAUCGCAAUGCUGGGACUGAUCUUCGUCAUCACAUGUCUGCUUCUGCUCGUCUCUGUUGUUGUAAUGAUUUUCCGGUCGAGACGCUUCAACUCCUCGCGGCCCGAUGAGGACCCGACCUCAAUCUUCCUUCGCCGCCACCGCUCCCUCAGCCUCCUCCCACCUGUCUUCACCUAUGAGGAGCUUGAGUUGUCCACGGGGCAUUUCGACCAGAGCCGCAAGAUCGGGGAUGGCGGGUUUGGGUCAGUCUAUCUGGGGCGGCUCCCCGACGGACGGGCUGUGGCAGUGAAGCACCUCCACCGGCAGCGCCCCACUGCCGCCGCAGCUGCUGCUCGGGCCUUCUCUGCCAAGUCGUUUUGCAAUGAGAUCUUAAUCCUCUCGUCGAUUGACCACCCGAAUCUGGUCAAGCUUCACGGGUACUGCAGCGACCCGAGAGGACUCCUACUAGUCUAUGACUAUGUCCCCAACGGGACUCUGGCGGACCACCUACAUGGUCGCCUCCGGCACCGGAGACAGCUUCUAACGUGGCAGGUGAGGCUCGACAUGGCAGUGCAGAUUGGGCUCGCAAUUGAGUACCUUCACUUCUCAGUGAGCCCGCCAAUCGCGCAUCGAGACAUCACGUCCUCUAACAUAUUCGUUGAGGGGGACAUGAGGAUUAAGGUCGGGGACUUUGGGUUGUCGAGGCUGCUGGAGAUCCCCGACGAGAUGAAUUCAUCCUCAUCGUGUGGGUCCGUAUGGACUGGGCCGCAGGGCACACCGGGUUACCUAGACCCGGACUACCACCACUCAUUUUUGCUCACCGAGAAGAGUGAUGUCUAUAGCUUCGGGGUUGUCCUGCUUGAGCUCGUCUCAGGGCUGAGGGCAGUGGACCAGAGCCGGGACAAGAGGGAGUUUGCACUGGCUGAUUUUGCGGUCUCGAAGAUCCAGAUGGGGAUGCUCCACCAAAUGGUGGACCCAAUGAUCGCCCUUGACGGGGCGUUGAGUGAAGGGGUACACGCAAUGGCUGAACUGGCCUUCCGGUGCGUGGCGGCCGAAAAGGAUGACCGUCCCGACUCAAGGGAGGUCGCAGAAGAGCUGAAGCGGAUCAGGAACAAGAGCCGUUAGAUCAUUGGGGUCCAAGAAGCCGAAGGCCGGCUGACAAAUCUCGGGCGGUAGAAUUCCGCACGCUGAAAGACGGACAACUCCGGUCUCAUAAAGGAGGAAUUGGCCAUGGGGCUGGUUAUAUCGAGACCCUUCAUACAUACAACCAAUGGCGUACGGUACGCAAAGCCCUGUACGAUUCUUGAAUCAUGUCAAGCAGAGCGAGAUGAGAUCUUUAUCAAAUGAGAAUGAUUCUAUGCUGCAAUUGAUUUUCCGUC